AAGUAAAGGAAAGGAUUACAAACAAAAAAUGGCGACCAGUCAGCCGACGAUGAAAAAUGGUAACGAGGACCGUAAAAGUAAAUGGGUAAAGUUAAAUGUCGGUGGGACAUUAUUUACUACGACAAGGACAACCCUUUUUAAAGAUCCUAAGUCGUUUUUAUAUAGACUUUGUCAGGAAAAUUCAGAUUUAGAUUCAGAUAAGGAUGAAAACGGUGCUUAUUUAAUUGAUCGAGAUCCCAUGUAUUUCGCUCCAGUUUUGAAUUAUUUACGGCAUGGAAAUUUGGUAAUUAAUAAAGAUUUAGCAGAAGAAGGGGUCCUUGAAGAAGCAGAAUUUUAUAAUAUUGCAGAACUAAUUAAAAUUUGUAAAGAACGCAUUCGCGAAAGAGAUGCAACAGUGAAUAAAACGCACGUUAAACAUGUAUAUAGAGUACUACAGUUUUCAGAAGAAGAAUUAACUCAAAUGGUGUCAAGUUUAUCGGAUGGAUGGAAAUACGAACAGAUAAUUAAUAUUGGUUCUAAUUAUAAUUAUGGUGGUGAUGACCAUGCCGAAUUUCUCUGUGUUGUCUCCAAAGAAUAUCCAAAUUUAGAGAAUGGUGUGGAAAAUGAAACUAGCGAUAAGGCAAAAGUUCUUCAGCAAAAAGGCUCUAGAAUGUAA